AUGGCUGAAAAAUUCUACAUCACCACGCCGAUUUUCUACCCGAACGGUGUUCCGCAUAUCGGCCACGCCUAUACGGCGAUAGCAACUGAUGUGAUCGCUCGCUUUCAUCGUCUUGAUGGCAAGGAUGUAUUUUUCUUGUCCGGGACAGACGAGCAUGGUCAGAAAAUGCAACAAACUGCAGCCAAGGAAGCCAUUUCCCCGAUCGAACUUGCCGAUCGCAAUUCGGCAGUGUUCAAGCAAAUGCUUGAGGUCCUGAAUUGUUCAAAUGAUGACUUCAUCCGCACCACCGAAGAACGUCACCGCAUUUCCGUGCAGCACCUUUGGCGACGGAUGGAACAGAAUGGUGACAUCUACCUCGACAAGUACGGCGGCUGGUACUCUGUUCGCCAGGAAGCUUAUUUUGAUGAAGGUGAAACCACAGUCGGGGACGAUGGAAUCAGGCGUGAGCCGCUCGGGUCGCCUGUCGAAUGGGUUGAAGAAGAAAGCUACUAUUUCCGAUUGUCAGCAUAUGGCGACAAGCUAUUGGAACUUUAUGAAAACAACCCGGAAUUUGUCGCUCCGGUUGAACGGCGCAAUGAGGUAGCCAGCUUUGUCAAAUCCGGCCUUCGAGAUCUUUCCAUUUCCCGCACAACGUUUGACUGGGGGAUCAAGGUACCGGGCAAUGACGCCCAUGUCAUGUAUGUCUGGGUCGAUGCUCUGACCAAUUACAUUACUGCGGCCGGUUAUCCGGACCUUGAUAAUCCGCGUUGGGCGUUUUGGCCGGCAAUGCACAUCAUUGGCAAGGACAUCGUGCGGUUCCAUGCCGUUUACUGGCCGGCAUUCCUGAUGUCAGCAGGCAUCGCGUUGCCCGAAAAGGUGUUUGCCCACGGCUUUCUCUACAACCGCGGAGAGAAGAUGUCGAAAUCAGUCGGCAAUGUAGUCGAUCCGUUUUCGCUGGUCGAAACCUAUGGCCUCGAUCCGGUUCGCUACUUCUUCAUGCGCGAGGUCGCAUUUGGUCAGGACGGCACCUAUACGCACGAAGCGAUCGUCAAUAGGACCAACGCUGAUCUGGCCAAUGAUCUUGGCAAUCUUGCACAAAGAUCCUUGUCCAUGAUCAACAAGAAUUGCGACGGCAAGGUUCCGCAACCGGGCGCUCUGACGGCUGAAGACCAGGCUAUCCUCGAUAUGGCAAUUGCCUCAAUGGAACGCGCACGAACGGCAAUGAAAGAGCAGGCGAUCCACACUGCUGUCAGUGCCAUUUGGGCGGUGGUUGGCGAAGCCAAUCGCUACUUUGCCGCGCAGGAGCCUUGGGUAUUGCGCAAGACCGAUCCGGCGCGAAUGGCAACGGUUUUGUAUGUUACCGCAGAAGUUAUUCGACGGGUCGCCAUUCAGUGCCAGCCGGUCAUGCCGGGAUCUGCCGCCAAACUGCUCGACCUUGUUGCUAUUGCCGAAAACAAUCGCGCAUUUGCCCAUGUUGAUGCGGCCUACAGUCUUGUUCCGGGAACCCAACUUCCUGUACCGGAAGGGGUGUUUCCACGUUAUGUUGAGAAAGCAGAAGGCCAGGGCUGA